AUGGAACCUGAAGAGUCGGAGUUCAGGGACCUCGUUUACGACUCCUUGGCCAACAUCAUCCAAACCAACGUCGCCGCAUUGACUUAUAACGCUCUCUUCGGUCAACUCUGGCGAGCAGUAUGCAAGUAUACCGGUGACCCUGCUCGCAAAGCAGAGCUCGUGAAUGCUUUUAGUGUUGCAGUCGGUAAAAUUCGUGGCGCAGAUCAAAAAGCGGCGUUGAGGCAAUGGCUUGAGGAGAGCUUCGAUAUGACGGAGGAGAUCGAGGGUAUCAUCAAACGACACUACGACGAGAUGGGGUCCCAGCUGGAGCUCGUCUAUCUGGAUUUAGACGCUGAUAUUCAGCUCACCCGGACCGAGCUCCUUGAGGUUUCACGCAGUUGCUAUUCAGGCGUUAUAAAGAGGAUUGCUCGAGUGUUUACUCAUCUGAAACUUGUCGAACCAGGGGUCACACUCGCGCCGCGUCAACGUUCAUUGCCAUUGAGCCUCCCCGCGAACGAUUUCUUCCGCCUCCUCCCACACCUCAUUGUCCCAGGAACCAUGUAUUCUUCACGUGCAUCCGCAUUAACAGCUGUGGUAGCACUCACAACUGGCGUUCCCUUCCUCCAGACCAUCGCUUCGACAUUUCUCUCGACAUCGUUCAAAGGCAAAUGGAUCAAUCUCAACAUCCCAGAGAACAUCAGCUUCGAUUGUGCUCAGUUCCUCUUGACCUCUCCUGAGGGUGUAGUUUUGACCGCUCAAGAGCGCAAGUUGUACGAAGCAAUGCGACGAUAUAGACUGCUGGAGCUCAACCUUGACGCUCCGAUUGAAGCGAAAGUACCAUGGACCCCGCAAAAGUCUCGCGGACCUGGCGGUGUCAAGGUACAAUGCAGUCGGUGUCAAGUGCGGCGGAGCGUAACGAUUAUGAGCCAUCUCCCUGGCGGACUGUGUGGCUUUUGUGUCGGAACCACGUUGUCUGGCAAGAGGAUUGCAGAACUUUACCCCCAAAUCGACGACCCCGAAAGUUGCUGGGUCCAGUGCUCAGCCAAAAUAUGUCGGGCCCAAUACGUUGUCGAGCGAGUUGAUUCUCUUCAACGAAGCCCUCGCUGUUACUACUGUCGUAACAACACCCCCUGCCCCGCACUAGAGUGCUCUAUUUGCACCAACCGCAUCAUUGUCCCGAAUCUAUACCGCUCCGCCUCAGACAAGCAAAAGUAUACUUGUCCAGGCUGCCUCGACGCCGACUGGUCCAAUAAAACCGUGGUUUCGACAGAAACUACCGUCCGAGCAUUGAACCAAGAGAACAAAGUUCAGUGGCUUGGGUUUACCGCGGCCGACAACGAACGUGUAUUCCUUGGCAAAUCAGCCUUCAAGUUGAUGCAGGCAUUUGACCAGAGCGUGUUUGGGAAGCCCAUAACUGGCUCAAGCCAGUUGACUCUAGCCGGCAAACAAGUGCAGAAUGUGGCGUCGAUUUUAUGGCAAGUCGAGGAGCGGGUGGGCAGGGGAGAAGUCGUGUUGGCCUACUGUGCUCUGUGUUUCGAGGAAAAAGCCAAGAGCAAGCUCAUGCCAGCUUGUGGACGGUCUGGUUGCGCUCAACUUGUCGAUGAGGCAUGUCUUCGUGAAUGGUAUGGCGGCAAUCGCCCAGGAAAACUGCUCAACAUGGCCCAGUUUACAUGCCCCUUCUGUCGCCGCAAGCCAACGCUGAAGACUAUGAUGCGCUACAACGCCCCAGCAGCGAGUCUGGGCAGUCUUGCCCGUGCAAUGGAUGAUCGUCGGUUCUUGUACGCCUGGUGUCUUGACUGUGGUCAUGCACAAGUCGCCUAUGAGCGAGUGUGUUGUACGGAGGAGACACUUCCGCCUAUCGAGAACUUCCGCUGUGAAGAUUGCCAGCCUCCACCCGCCGAGACUGCCGCCCCCCGUGAACGACGAGUACGACCGCGCGAACAGCAAACGAGCACCAAAUAUCUGCGAAAGCUAAUGGAGGGGAAACGGGCCUGUCCAAACUCCAGUUGCGGCUUGCUGAUCGAGAAAGUGGAUGGAUGCAACCACAUGCGUUGUGUUUGUGGGACCCACUUUUGCUGGGAGUGCGGGAAGGCGGUGGGUGAGGGGAGAAUAUAUUCGCAUAUGAGCACUGAGCAUAACUCGUGGUGGGAGGAGAUUGAGUAG